CGAUAUCGAAGAAGCGGCCUCCCAAGUGCACACUGUUGAAUUGGCCUCCCAUGGCGACGACCUUGACGCUCCACCCGCUCGCGUGGACGUACGGCUGCUUGGACGGAAGCGUCGGGUACGAGCGUCGGGUACCUCGGCCACUGGUCAUGGCCCGCGACGCGUACUUGGCGCCAACCGCGUGUGUCCGCCGCAUCUCGUACACGGCGUUGCCCAAGUACACGCUCUACACGCUCGUUGUCGUCGACGUCACGGAGUUUUUCGUCCUCAAGAAGCGCUACUCGCAGUUUUACGCGCUCCGAAAGGCACUGCGUCGGCGCUAUGCGCGGGCGCCACCGGCCAUCCGCGCCCUUUUGCAGCCCGUACUGGACACGGCCUUUCCGCAGCGCUACCUCGGGCACGACGACGUGCUCAUUCGCCUCGAGCGGCAACGCGGGUUCCGCGAUCUCAUGGCGCCCCUGCUGCUCCUGCGCCGACGCCUCCCGGCCACGGACGGUAUCGCUGCGGUGAUCGAGGCCUUCUUUGACGACACGCCCACCCGAGACAGCGUUCACACUGCCUCUGCUGCCGGUUGCAAGGACGCCUGUGCAAUCUGCCUCGACCCACUGGACCCCAAGUGGAUCGACAACCCGUGGUAUGCUCGGGGGAUGCGCCGACUGCAGCUGCCGUGCGGCCACGAGCUCCACGAAGACUGCGUGGCUCCCUGGCUUGAGCGACAAACGACUUGCCCGCUCUGCCGCGUCCAGGCAUCGUCAGGCCGCGUGCGGUGA